UGCUCUUCUAAUCCAACAGAUUACCACUGCACAACUCCACUGACCAGGAGGCCUUUACAUAUCGACACAAUUUUUGUGCAUUGACCUUUUUUCUUUAUAUUUUAAAAAUUUCAAGAAGAGCUGCAGGAAAUGGACUAGCCACAGAUGGGAUUUGGGUCAUGUGGCAAUGCAUUUCUAUGAUAAUUCUAUUAGAGUCCAUGGGCGCACUGUGCUUUAGAAAACGCUGUCGCUAAUGGAUGCAGGUGUUUGCCAUCUUGGCUCUUAAGCAACACCUACAUCAUUUUUUUGUGUGCAAGGAAGACGCUCAACAAUUUUAGGAAGACAUAGAUGGUAUCCCUAGUGCCGUGUGGGGACAUGGAACCAGAGGCUGGAGAACCACAAGAGAAAGCUUCGGAGACAUUUACAGAAUCAGUUAGACAUGCUAUUUCAGUCACUGGGGACAAACAGGAUCUUAAGAGUGAGGAAACUAUUCUUCAACUCUGUCAGGUGCUUCAAGAGCCCAUCGUGGAGCUGCAGAGAAGAAAUGUCACUGGAGAGGAGGAUGAGAAGACAACAAUGGAGGUCACAGAGGACAAAGAAGGAAGUGAGAAGAAAGAUACAGCAGAGAAUAAAGAAGCAGAAGAAAUGAGAGAGAUGAAGUGUACCGAAAACGUAAGCGAUGACCCCAGCAAAAAGGGCACAGAUGAACUCAUCAUCUCAAAUACAAACUUCACAACACCUGUGACCAAAGAGUCAUACACACAGAAGAGCUGCAAACUGACAAAGACUCCUAGCUUUGGGAAAACAGUUCGGUUUAAAGAAACUGAGGCAGUGGAAGAAAGGGUUGACUCAUGGGACAGUCUUUUUCCAGAUUAUGAAGUGGAUGAGUGGACCACCACCAGCUUUGAGGAGUUGUUUACGGCAGAGGACUGGGUGGACAUUACAGAUGACCGUCUGCUGAGAAAGAAGGUGUUACAAAGCAGCCCCGACAAUGCCCUGACCCCUGCUUUGGGUCAAGAGGUCACUCUGAAAAUGCAGGGCGUGCUAGACGAUAAGACAGUCGUGGAAAAAGACUGCAAACUGGUCUUCGUAAUCGGGGAGGGAGAUGUAAACCAGGCUCUGGAGGAGUGUGUCAUAUCAAUGAAGAAGGGAGAGAUUGCAUUAAUGCUUGCAGAUUCACAGUACACCUAUGGACUCCUAGGAAGGGAGCCUGAUAUACCAGCAUGGGCUCCUAUCCUGUAUCAGUUGCAACUCCUGGACUUCAGAGACAAGCCCGACCCUCUUUCCCUGCCCAUCCCUGACCGGAUCCGCAUCGCCAACCAGAAACGAGAGCGUGGCAACUUCUAUUUCCAAAGGGAAGAAUACAGCAUGGCGGCACACGCUUACUGUAUGGCUUUGGAUGUACUAAUGACACGCACAUAUGAGGGUCAAAACUGUGUGGGAGAGGAAGAAGAGGAGGUCAAUGACUACCGGGUAAAAUGUCUGAAUAACUUGGCGGCAGCACAGCUUAAGCUCGGACACUUCGAGGAGGCGCUGCACACCAGUCAAGAUGUUCUGUUCCUUGAUCCCCACAAUGUUAAAGCACUCUUUAGGAAAGGGAAGCUUUUAUCAGAUAAGGGCGAGUAUGAGGAGGCCAUGGAGACCCUGAAGAAAGCUUUGAAACUGGAGCCGUCCACUAAGGCCAUUCACGCUGAGCUGUCAAAAUUGGUAAAAAUACAGGCUGGAGGAAAUGAGGUCCUGAACUGGGAAGCUAAACCAGCUGAAUUACUUGGGGAAAACAUAGCCCCCUUUCUGACACCUCCUCCCAAAAAGAAGCCCACUGGAAUUUCUUGGAAGUUUCUGCUUGGAGCUCUGGUGGUGGCCUUGGGCAGUUUAGUCACAUCUGUGGUCCUGACUGCACGGAACUAACUAUUUCAACCUACUUGCAAAUUAACUACGAGUCGCACAAACAAACAUUCCACUGAACUGCAAAGAGAUGGAGAAGAAAAAUCCACGGAACUUUUCAAAGGGCAGCUGCAUGAGCUACUUAUCUACUGUUGGCAGACUGAUGCAAAGCAUUAAAAAAAGUUUAUUUAAAAUGUUAACAAUAAAACACAAG